GACCAGUGGGAAAUUCCGCGCGAUGACGUCAUCCUCAACCGGAAGUUAGGCGAGGGUGCUUUCGGGACUGUCUUCGGUGGCGAAAUGGUCGGCGAGUCCGGCAGGUGGACUGCUGUAGCCGUCAAAACUCUCAAAGUUCCGUCGAAGAAUGAAGAAAAGCUGAGUUUUUUGAGCGAGGCUGAUAUGAUGAAGCAGUUGCACCAUAUGAACAUCGUCAAAUUAUUGGGUGUCUGUACGAGGGGCGAGCCAAUCUUCACUGUCAUGGAGUUCAUGUUGCAUGGCGACCUCAAAACCUUCCUACUCUCCCGUCGUCAGCUGGUCGGCCAGACGACAAAAGAAGCAGACAACAUCUCGCCCAGACAGCUGACAAACAUGGCGCUAGACAUUGCUAAAGGUCUAGACUAUUUAGCUUCGGCUAAUUACGUCCACAGGGAUUUAGCUUGCCGGAACUGUCUAGUUCACUCGAGUCUGACGGUUAAAAUCGGCGAUUUCGGUAUGACAAGGCCAAUGAAAGACAGCGGAUAUUAUCGGUUCGAUAAGAGAGGAAUGUUUCCGGUUCGAUGGAUGCCUCCGGAAAGUUUGUUGGACGGAUUGUUCAGUGUGGCAUCAGAUAUGUGGAGUUACGGAGUGCUUCUCUACGAGAUUGUUACCUUCGGUAGCUUUCCAUACCAGGGCUUAUCAAACAGACAAGUUUUGAACUGCGUGAAGAACGGUGAAACGUUGCAGCUGCCUGACACGUGCCCGCCCAAAUUAAGUUCACUUUUGAAAAAGUGCUGGGCGUACGAGCCGACCAACCGGCCGCAGAUCAGCGAAAUAAUGGACACCCUU